UACGGGCUGCUUAGAGAGAAACCGGGAGCUGGAGCUGAGCAAGAUGACCGAGACAGACGUGGAAGCGGGGCUGAAGGACGUGGAGCUGAACGAGGUGGAGACGGAGUCCGAGAAGCUGCCGAUGAACUCGGAUGGCGGCGGCGGGGGCGACAGCAACGGCGCGCUGAAGGCCAAGGAGGCCGAGCCCGAGGUCGAGCAGGCUUUCACCGGCUUGAGCAAAGAGGAGCUGCUGAAGGUGGCCAACACGCCGGGCUGGGUGCGCCUCCGCUGGGCGCUGCUGCUGCUCUUCUGGGUCGGCUGGCUGGCCAUGCUGGCCGGCGCCAUCGCCAUCAUCGUGCAGGCGCCCCGCUGUAAGGCGCUGCCCGACCUGCGCUGGUGGCAGUGCGGGCCCGUCUACCAAAUCCAGGUCGGCGCCUUCCAGGACACGCGGGGCCGCGGCCAAGGAGACCUGGCCGGGGUGGAACAGCGCCUGGAGGAGAUCGCUGCCCUCAAGGUGAAGGGCAUUGUGAUCGGCCCCAUUCACCGCAACACCCCGGACCAGAUCGGCGAGACCAGGCUGACCGAGAUCGACGAUGCCUUCGGGGACAUGGCUCAGUUCGACAGCUUGCUGAAGGCGGCCCACAGGAAAGGUAUCAAGGUGAUUCUCGACCUCACUCCCAACUACCGCGGGACGGAGAAGUGGUUCGAUCUUAGCUUCAACGAGACUGGCGGGGGCCGCGACCGUCUGCAGGAGAAGGAGGCCUUCCAGUUCUGGCUCCAGAAAGGUGUGGACGGGCUGCGCCUGUGGGGAGUGGAGAAGGUUCUCAAUUCCGCUCCGAAUCGGGUAAUCGAGUGGCAUAAUCUCACCAGGAACUUCUCGACAGACGAGCAGCAAAGGGUUCUUGUCAUCGCCACGAUGAAUCCCAACCCCGACGAGAUACUGCAGCUCCUGAAGGAAUCGGAUGUGGACCUGGUCUUCAGUAACUACCUGCGGCAGGCCGUCUCGGAGCCCGGCUGGCUGUCGGCCGCCGCCAUCCACCGAAGCGUGCAGCGCUACAUCAGCAACAGCAACAAGACCUGGCCGAUCUGGGCGGUAUCUGGGUCCAGGAUGGGUCACCUGGCCACCAUGAACCCUCACCUGGCCGGCCUCCUUCCAGUGAUGUUGUUUACACUUCCUGGAACACCCUUCACCUACUACGGCGACGAGAUCGGGCUGUGGAACAAUGAGCACGACCGGGACCCGUGGAUGUUGUGGAACUCGUCAGUAAAUGCCGGCUUCACCUCCAAGGCCAGCGGCCGCCAGAAGCCCAACUUCAACCAGACAGUGGAGGGCCAGAAAUCCGACAGUAAUUCUCUACUCUCACUAUUCAAGAAAUUGGGUCUACUGAAGGUGAAGGAGCGUUCGCUUCAGUUUGGUGAGUUCCAGCCGGUGCACACUGAGGGCAGCGUCUACGGCUACCUUCGUGUCUGGGACCAGAGCACCCGCUUCCUGGUCCUGCUGAACUUUGGUACAGAGCCUACCACUGUCUCCGUCGAGGGGAAGGAGGGCCUCCCCUCCAUGGCCAGCGUGGAGCUCAGCUCGCUACCGCCCAGGUUGGAAGAGGAGAUCAGCUUGGACUCCGUCACCCUCGCCGGAGGGGAAGGCCUCGUGCUGAAGUUCCCCUUUGUACCCUGAAGUGACACACCAUCUCCCUCCCCUCCACCCACCACCACCCUCACACGCCGGGGGGGGGUGGGGAAACGUCCCUCCGAGUGAGGCUCCCACAUUCCAUUGUGCGCUGCUCUUUAACAAAUGCUGGUUUUUUCCCGUUUUGUGUUGUUGCCGUUCCUCUCCCGGAUGCCGGACGGUUUCCUCAGCCUCCCUGUUUACGGUCGGAGCCUGUCGUUGGCCUGAGCCAUGAGGGGGGCGCGGAGCUGGGAUGACCUGGUCCGACUUCAUAAGCAUUAAAACCCAGCCGUGCCCCUUUCAAACCUCCUGGUUUUAUUCUCCUGGGCUGCCCCGGGGUGUAGUGGCAAUGGCUGAAGACCAUAUGUAGGGGGUUAGGAGCAGAACACUUGGCCUGUUUUGGGGUGCGACUGAUCUUUAAGACAAGGGAGCAAAAUGAGGCCAUUUGGCCCAUCGGUUGUAGAUUUGUUCCCCCCAACCACAUUCUCCCCGUAACCUUUGACCCCUUGACUCAUGAGAACCUACCGACCUCCGCUUUAUAUGUACCCAGUGACAGCCUCCAUAGCCAUCUGUGGCAACGAAUUCCACAGAAUCACUACCCUCUGGCUAAAGAAAUUACUCCUCAUCUCUGUUCUAAAUGGACGUCCCUCUAUUCUGAGGCUGUGCCCUUUGAUCCUAGACUCCCCCACCAUAGGAAACAUCCUCUCCACAUCCACUCUAUCUGUGCCAUCUGGUCCUAGACUCCCCCACUAGAGGAAACAUCCUCUCCACAUCCACUCUAUCUGUGUCCUCUGGUCCUAGACUCCCCCACUAGAGGAAACAUCCUCUCCACAUCCACUCUAUCUGUGUCCUCUGGUCCUAGACUCCCCCACUACAGGAAACAUCCUCUCCACAUCCACUCUGUCUGUGUCCUCUGGUCCUAGACUCCCCCACUAUAGGAAACAUCCUCUCCACAUCCACUCUAUCUGUGUCCUCUGGUCCUAGACUCCCCACUAUAGGAAACAUCCUCUCCACAUCCACUCUAUCUGUGUCCUCUGGUCCUAGACUCCCCCACUAGAGGAAACAUCCUCUCCACAUCCACUCUGUCUGUGUCCUCUGGUCCCAGACUCCCCCACUAUAGGAAACAUCCUCUCCACAUCCACUCUAUCUGUGUCCUCUGGUCCUAGACUCCCCACUAUAGGAAACAUCCUCUCCACAUCCACUCUAUCUGUGUCCUCUGGUCCUAGACUCCCCCACUAUAGGAAACAUCCUCUCCACAUCCACUCUAUCUGUGUCCUCUGGUCCUAGACUCCCCCACUAGAGGAAACAUCCUCUCCACAUCCACUCUAUCAGGGCCUUUCAAUAUUUGGUAGGUUUCAGUGAGGACCCACCCCCCCCCGCAUUCUUCUAA